UGAUGCAGCCUGUGGAGACAGAAGGAGAAGAUGAACAGCUCCAGCUGGAGGGAUGGUGGAUUUUCACACCUGCAGCCACCAUACCUUGGUGGUGCAACCCACGGGGCAGGCAGGGCAGAGGAGCACCUGCUCUCUCCGUGCUGAGAUCCCGGCUGCCACCCAGCACGGCUCCCUCGGGGAGCCCGGCGACACCGUCCGUCAUCGCCGUUUUACAGCCGAGCUUGUCUUCAGAAAAAAAAAAAAAAUUAGUUUCACUGCCCACGCAGCGAUGCUUCUUUCCAGGGAAAAUAAAAUCCAACAAGUCCACACCCCAAUCUCCAGCUCGGUGCCGCUGGCUGCCUCCCCCGCAGGCGCCCCCGCUGCCCUGGCCCGCCGGGAGCAGGUGCUCGGCGCUGCCACCGCCCCAGAACCCCCUCCCGCCGGCCGCGGCACCUUGCGAGUCAUCCCUGCUCCCCCCCGCUCCCCCGCUCCGGGCGGCCGUCGGGUGUCGCUUCCCAUUUCACUUGGAGAUAUUUUCGGGUGGCAGGAGCCGCCUCGUCAUUUCCGCCAGGAGAAAAAGACACCGGCGCGGCAGCCGCGGAGAAGCCGCGGGAGCCGCCGGGCACCGGAGCGGGCAGCUCGGAGCCAGCGCCCCGCUCGCCGCUUCGCCGCCCGGGGACCGACCUCUCGGCGGGGCCAGCAGCCGCCGCCGCUGUCCGCGGGGGCGGGAGGCGUCGGAGCGUGCCGCCCUCUCCUCCCCCUUCCUCCUCCACCUCCCCCUCCCCGCCGAGCCGGCAACAUGA